CGUGGUCGCCCGAGCGGUCGCGCAUGCUCGCUGCCGCCCCGCCAGGCUACGUGACACACCGCGUGGAAGCGAUGGCGGCUCUGUGCCUGCCGGGCCGAGCGCUCGGAAUCCCCGGCUCGGGUCCUCCGGACAGCCCGCGAGCACCCCGAUUCCCUCGUGAAACAGCUUAGUCGCCGUCUCCUGGACCCAGCGAAGCGAAAACUGCCGUCAAUAGUGGCCCGGGGUCCCCGAGGUGUGGAAAAAGGAGAGCCCGGCCGCAGCCACACUCCGCUUGGCUCACACGGAUUGACUCCCACGCCGGGACCCGCUCUUCCCCCGGCCUAAACAGAGCGGGGGUGGGGUGGGAGAAACCGCACCGCCCUCUGCGCGCUCCUAUUGGACCAGAGGUGUGGCUUGCUGUACGUCGGCGCUCUCAUUGGCGGAGCUCAGCUGUUGAGGGUGGAUCCGCGCCGAACUGGGGGAAGACAACAAAGGGCGGCGGGCUGCAGCCGGCGGCGUCCUUGUCCUCCAGUGCUCUCGUCAGGCCCAGACACCGGCCUUGCGCCCCCCGGCUCCAGAUGAAGUGCGAGCACUGCACGCGGAAGGAAUGUACAAAAAAAACAAAAACAGAUGACCAAGAGAAAGUGUCAGAGGAGGCGCCCAGUCCGGCCACCGAAGACAGAGAGACGGGAGAAUUCCAUAAGUUGGCUGAUGCUAAGAUAUUCUUGAGUGACUGCCUGGCAUGUGAUAGUUGCAUGACUGCAGAAGAAGGAGUCCAGCUUUCCCAGCAGAAUGCUGAGGACUUCUUCCAUAUUCUGAACCUUAACAAGAAAUGUGAUACCUCAAAGCACAAAGUGCUGGUAGUGUCUGUGUGCCCUCAGUCUUUGCCUUAUUUUGCUGCUAAAUUCAACCUCAGUGUAACUGAUGCAUCCAGAAGGCUCUGUGGCUUCUUCAAAUGUCUUGGGGUACACUACGUGUUUGAUACGACGAUAGCUGCAGAUUUUAGUAUCUUGGAGAGUCAAAAAGAAUUUGUGCGUCGCUAUCACCAGCACAGCGAGAAGGAGCGUGCGCUGCCCAUGCUGACCUCUGCCUGUCCUGGCUGGGUCCGGUAUGCGGAGCGGGUGCUGGGCCGCCCUGUCACCCCCCACCUCUGUACUGCCAAGUCCCCCCAGCAGGUCAUGGGCUCUUUGGUGAAGGAUUAUUUCGCCCGACAGCAGAACCUGUCUCCAGAGAAGAUUUUCCAUGUCAUUGUGGCCCCUUGCUAUGACCGGAAGCUGGAAGCUCUUCAAGAAGGCUUUUCCUCCACUUCACGUAGUUCCCUGGGUGCUGACUGUGUGUUAACGUCAGGUGAAAUUGCUCAAAUAAUGGAACAAAGUGACCUGUGUGUGCAGGAUGCUACCGUGGACACUCUGUUUGGAGACUCGAAGGAGGAAAUGGUGACACGCCACGAUGGAGCCAGCUCGGAUGGGCACCUGGUGCAUGUCUUUAGAUACGCGGCCAAGGAGCUGUUCAAUGAGGAUGUGGAAGAAGUCACUUACCGAGCCCUGAGAAACAAAGAUUUCCAAGAGGUCACCCUUGAAAAGGAUGGGGAGAUUUUGUUGCGCUUUGCUGCUGCGUAUGGCUUUCGGAACAUCCAGAACAUGAUCCUGAAGCUUAAGAAAGGCACGUUUCCGUACCACUUUGUGGAGGUCCUUGCAUGCCCUGGAGGAUGCUUAAAUGGCAGAGGCCAAGCCCAGACCCAGGACGGGCAUGUGGACAAGGUCCUGCUGCGGCAGAUGGAAGGCAUCUACUCCGAUAUCCCUGUGCGGCCCCCAGAGACAAGUGCACACGUGCAGGAGCUGUACCAGCAGUGGCUUGACGGGGUUGACUCCCCUAAAGCCCAGGAGACACUGCACACCACGUUCCAGAGCCCUGAGCAUUGUGCACACAGCCUGAACAUCAGGUGGUAAAGGACGCAGGGCAGGCCAUCCAGCUGCCUUGGCCAGGGUGGUUCUGUGUAGGAGGAGGGUACUGCUGUGAGUGUGGAGUAUUAAAGACACUUAAAGAAAAUAACUCAGUGGGUUACUCUGGUUCUCAGAGUGCUCCGCUCUGCCGUGUUUUAAAGCCCUUGACACAAUUUAAUGUGGUGCUGUCUUUAUAAUGUGCAGGAGACUGCAUGGUCUUAACAUGAGAGGGAGACUUUCCCAACCUAAAUAUCCUUUUAUUUGAAGAUCAUGUGAAAAAAUCCCAAAGAAUGAGAACAGCCAGCCAGGUUACUGUUUUUUAGGUUUAGGGGCUAAGAUCGCCCAGAGGCCCCAGUUCAUAUGGCUCCCAGGUCACAUGACACAGAAAUGAGGACAGAGGCAAAGGCUAAGUCCAGGAACACUUGCUAGCCUCGUGCCUUCAGGGCACAUUCACAGGUUUCCUAUCUAUCCUGGAUCUUAUUUUUACCCACUUAUGUUACCCUUCUAAAGGUUUUUGCCAGAAUGUGAAUAAACUGCCAAGUUUUUACAUAGAAUCAGGAGACUCACAAAUAUGGAUUUCCAGCUCUUGAAAAAAUGUGUAAGUUCUGGCAGCAAUGGGCCACUUUCCUCACAGUCCAUCUAAUGACUUAGUCCCCAUUGCCUCACCCACAUCUGUCUGAGCUGAACAGGCAAGCGUG